AUGGCUGCGCCCACAGCACUACCCUCAUUAUCCAGCUCAGGCACUUUUCACCGGCUGGCCAGCGAUGAAGAGCAAGACGCAAAGGCUACGAUGGAGAAUUUCCACGCUGAGUCGUGGAAGGACUGGCCAAACGAGGCUGGGUUUGAGGGACUCGAAGAGCACCGUGGACCGAUAGAUCUCAAGAUCGUGGGCCAGAUCCCAUCAUGGGCGGCUGGGUCGCUCUACCGCACUGGUCCGGGCCAGAACGCCGUCGACACUGACAAUGGCAGCACUCACCACGUCUCCCACUGGUUCGACGGUUUUGCACAAAUGCACAAGUUCGACAUCAUCCCAUCGAGUGUCUCGGGUGAUGGGAAUGCUACAGUCGUCCGCUAUUCUUCGCGUCUUCAGGCAGAAACAUUCGUUGACGAUAUCAAACGAAGAGGUUGGAGAUCCGGCAUCUCGUUUGGCCAGAGAGCAGACCCUUGCGUCGGCAUAUUCUCCAAGUUCAUGAGCCUCUUUCACCCCAUACAAGCCAACAAUGCUGUUGUCGUCGAGCGCAACUUGCCUGGACCUUGGUCAGAAAAGUCCAGAGCAGCCCAAGCUGGCCAUCGUACCGGAACAGGGGACUUGUUCGUCUUGACCGACAAUAGCCUUCUUCACAAGGUCGACCCCGACACCUUGGAGCCUCUUGAGUUUAUUGCGACUUCCAAGCUGCAUCAGAGCCUCAGGGGUCCUCUCGCAUGCGCACACCCGCAGCGAGAUCCUGAAUCGGGUGACAUGUUCAAUUACAAUCUCGAGUUUGGGUCUCGUCCAACGUAUCGGAUCUACCGCACCAACGCCUCGACUGGAAAUGUGGACAUUCUCGCUACUCUCACGGUAGCAGAUCUCUCGCCUGCAUAUAUACACAGCAUGUUCUUGACCAGGAACUAUGUCGUUUUGUGUGUGCCAUCCUCCCAUUUCUCCCUGUCCGGGAUGAAGAUCCCAUUUGUGAGAAAUUUGGUCGAUGGCAUGGCUCCCUUUGAUAAGUCCAAACUCACCCAAUGGGUAGUUGUUGACAGGCGCUACGGAAACGGUGUGGUGGCUCGCUUCACAACGCCAGCGGGAUUCUUUUUCCACUCGGUCAAUGCUUUUGAGGAGGCGGUCGUGGAGGAUCAAGGGUCUCAAGCUGAGUGGGUGAACCUUACCUUUGACUAUGUCGGAUACGAAUCAACUGCUAUUAUUCAGGGGUUUUACCUGGAUGUCAUCCUCGAUCGGGAAGAAGCCGCUCGAAAGUACUGGAUAGACGGACCUGAAGGGAGCGAUCUAGUACCCCAUCUUAGACGUCAACGUUUCCGCAUUCCCGCUUCCCCUUCGUCUUCUGGGAGCAGCGCUCAGGGUCUCUCUCCCCUACCAUCAGCAGAAGAAGUAUUCGCAAUACCAGCACCUCAUGUUGGGGAGUUACCGACGAUUAAUCCACUCUAUGCAACGAGACCCUACCGGUUCGUCUACAGUGUCUCGUCGCGAGGGCUGAGCACCAUGAUGGACUGCCUGGUCAAGACGGAUGUCAGCAGCCGUGCGGCUACCAUAUGGGCGCCGCCACAGUCUCACACGCCCGGUGAGGCUAUCUUCGUGCCUCGUCCCGGCGCCACUGACGAGGACGACGGUGUCUUGCUGAGUGUCGUCCUCGACGGGACCGCUCAGGUGAGCUACUUAGUGUGUCUCGACGCCAAGACCAUGGAGGAGGUCGGUAGGGCAGAAUUGGAGUUUCCCAUCGGCCUGGGCUUCCACGGAAUUCAUGCACCGGUCUCUGUUUAG